UGAGAUGUGUGUGUGUGUGCAGAGAGAGCGAGCGAGCGAGCGAGUGAGAGAGCGACGGGGAAACCAGAGAGCCGAGCGAAAGAAGGUUAGCCAGCCAGCGGCGAGUGAAGAAAAUGGCGAUCACGCAGGAUGAAUGCCUCCCCUCGUAGAUGCUGCAAACGCGUUGAAUUUCUUUAGCCUUACAGUCGGCUUUCCUUUCCACUCUGUUGCACUUUAUACUUCAAUGAGAUUCGGAAUUGGAAGCUGUUGCCACCAAAGAAACUGAAGCAUCUUAACAGGGAACACACCCACAGAGGGAAGAACAGUGGAUGGAAGAGAGAGAGAGACGGAGAGUGUGAAAAGGAAGGAGGAUAAGGUACAGGACUGGACAAAAGUGCCAGAGCAUACCAAGUCAAGACAGAGUCCUCAUUCUACUCCACCUCCCCCCUUUUCCCCUCCCCACACAUAGCAUACACGCACACACGUACAGUCCUCAGCGAUGCCAAGGGGGGCUGAUCAGCCUGCUGCCCGCUCUGACAAGCCCUGCCUCUUCACCUCAGACCCUUGAGGCUGUGCUCUCUGAGCUCUGACGUUUGACCUCCCCUGUUUCGACCUGGGAUCCAGAGGUCACCUGUUCUCCAGUCAGCCCGGGGACGCCCUCCUGCCCAGCCAGGUGUCACAGCCACCAGCGGCACUUAUAGGCAUGGCUCCCAUUCGGGAUUCCGUCAGCCACUCCCCUAAUCAAACAGGUCUGGAUCAUCCUGGCUUGGAUUCGCAGUAUGAGCCUCCCCCCUGGUCGUCUGGCUCUCCCUGCAGCAGUGACGGCAACAGCAACUGGGGCAAAGCCCUAGUAGACGGAAGCACCGACACCCCCAAUAACCCUUCUUCAACCAGCUCUUCCGUCUGGCCUCCCUCAUCUUUUUCUUGCUCCUCCUCUUCUUCCUCUUCCGGCUGUGGAUCAGGAUCAGACCCUGAGUCGGCAUCAGAAUGCAUGGACGCAGAUUCUAGUUCCUCAAUCGGCUCAGAGAGAAAUCUUGCUGCUCUUGCUGCUACAACAGUGAUGAUGAUGUCAGCAAAUGCUUCUUCGUCAUCUGCAGCUUCUUCCCCCACCUCUUCUUUGGGGAAUGCUGCCAUGAUGGUCAGCGUUUCAAUGAACGGAGACGGCAAUGGCAACAGUCAUCAGGUGGUUGGCGCAGGUAUGGAAACCAUCAGCAGUGCAAAUAAUGGAAAUAACAUGUCUGAGCCCUCACAGUACUCCAUGGCUGGGUCCAACAGUAUUGGCAGCAAUAACAUGAGCAACCACAACAACAAGCUUGUCAAUAACGGUGGUGUAUGGGGCACCCCUUCAGGCAGCAAUGUGAUCCCCACUGGUGGAAGCACCCCCUGCAUCAAUGGAGGGUUAAACCCAAACACUUUAAACCCAAAUGCCAACCAUGGUGCCUGGCCACAAAAUUCAAUCCCAAAUCCAGCAUCCCAGGGCCAACGGCCUCCACAGGCUCAGGGGAUAGGUUCCAAACUGGGUAUGGCUCCCCAGCAGGCCCCAUUGCUGGGCUGGGGCGGCAUGGCAGCUCCAGACAACAGCAGUAUGAUGGAAGACAGCGAGGUGAAUAAUGGUACAUUAAGCAGCAACAGUGGAAAUGGUGGUCUAAAGCCUACCAACCUUAACACUGAAUCCAAUGGACCAAAUAACACUAUCACAAUGAAUACUACUACUACUACUACUAAUGCCACAAUGACCUCUAGUCCACCAAACUCUACCGCCUCACCCCAACUCAGCGGGGAUUGUUCUUGGGGUUCCAUUGGAGGAGGGACCGGGGGUCCGCUGGCCAAUGGAAACCCCUCGUCAGCACCCCAGCACCCCCAAGGAGAACUGGGGGGCAGUGGGGCAUUCGGUACGCCUUGGGGCGCAGCUACCUACCCUGUAGACAAGGGCCCCCCAAAUGCAGACACUGUGAACCCCCAAAUCCCCUCUACUGCUGCUUAUAAAAGUAAUAAUAACCACAAUAACACUGGGGCCCCACGCUGGGACCAGGGGCCCACCAACACCCCAAACCAGCCUCAGAGCAACUUGUCCUGCGGCAUUGGCUCAAAUCAGAUUCUUGGCUCUACAGGCCAAACAGCAGGAAAUGGCAACCAAACGACGAUGGGGCCCCCAGCAGCAAUACCUCGCCCCUGGGGGAGCAGUGCGUCCUUGUCCUCAUCGUCGUCUUCCACAACGCCUAGUAACAACCCUUCAGAUGCUGGAAGUCACAAAGGAAGCUCUUCUAACAAUGGCUGGAAAAGCCUGGAGGAUGACGCCAUGGGAAUGGGAGGAGCAGUGGGAGGCAGUGGAAGCCAUGGCUUGGGGAGUAUCACUGGAGGCUGGGGUCGCUCUGGGGGAAGCGAGGGAAGCGGUGAGAGCUCCGGAGGCCGUUCUAGCUCAGACAGAGAGAGCAUCCAGACAAAGGGGGGAAGGAGCAGAAGAAGUCCCAAUCCUGCAUCAGUACUAUCACUUCUGGUCCGGGCUGAAGUGGACCCGAGGGUCCUGUCCAACACUGGAUGGGGACAGACGCCCAUACGGCAGAACACUGCCUGGGAUGUCAAUUCUCCAAAUAACAAUCAGAACCAGGCCACCAGGGGAGAUGAAAGAAAGCUUAGUAGUGGAAGCUCCGGCUGGGGCAAAACGACACCGGCAGCUCCCUCCCAGACAUCUGGAGGCUGGGGGGGUGGGCCAGGUAGCUCAGGCGUAGAUACAGGAAGUUCUGGCUGGGGAGAGCAGAAACCAACUUCUGGCUGGGACAGCAAAAGCCCACUGAAUGGAGGAGCUGGGCAUAGCGGCUGGGAUGAUGGAGCCAGCUGCAAGGGUAAUAACAGCAGCAGCAACACCUGGAGCAACAACAUUAACAAAGAUGACAGAUCCAGUACCUGGAGUAAUACCUCCAAACCACAGCAGGGCUGGGGUUCCAGCAGUGCAAAUGCAAGUGACACCUGGGGUGCCAGUGGAGAAACCACCAGACCAAGCUCCAACAACCACUGGGGAGAGCCCCAAAAAGGCGCAGGCUCAGUAGGUUGGGAUAGCGACAGUGACCGGUCUGGUUCUGGAUGUUGGAGCGAGCCGAGCCGUACCAACACCAGCAGCAGUAACACUUGGGUGGGGAGCGGUGGAUCAAAUACUCCAGACGUGAGCACUCCAAAUCCAGGCUCCACCUGGGGAGAGCCAGUCCUCAAACCCAAACCUCAGAGUACCACUCAGGGCUGGGCUGAGCCAUCGAAGAACAACACUGGAGGCCAGAACUGGGGUGAGCCCAAUCCUAAGUCCUCUAACGAGUGGGGAAAAGGUCCUGAAUCCAACAUGUCCAGAGGCAGCCAAGGUCAAAACAAGCCCACAGGCUGGCUGGGAGGCCCCAUGCCCACAGUAGGUCAGAAGGAGGAAGUGUCGACUGGGUGGGAAGAACCUUCUCCAGAGUCCAUCCGCCGAAAAAUGGAGAUUGAUGAUGGAACUGCAGCUUGGGGAGACCCAGGCAAAUACAGCGGUGGGUCUGUCAACAUGUGGAACAGGACUGGUCAACCAGACCAGGAAGCUGUGGGCCCGUCCCCUCAGCACCAGUCCCACCAGUCCCACCCAACCCACACGUCAAUGCAGCAUGUUAACCAGGACAAAAGCUCCGGUUCUGGUUGGGGUGAGCCAUACCCCCAACAGAAGGAGUCCUCAUCGUGGGGGGAGCCUAGUGCUGCUCCGCCUGUGACUGUGGACAACGGGACAUCUGCCUGGGGAAAGCCCAAUGACAGCAGCUACAGUUGGGGUGACGGCAGGGACAGCAGGGAUAGCAGGGAGUCUGGGUCUGGAUGGGGCAGUCAGCAUAAGCCUGCUCCAGGUCCCAAGCGCAUGGACACAUGGUGUAGUGACGAGAUGGGAAAUAGCUGGGACCAGGAAGAGGAAGUGGAGAUCGGCAUGUGGAGCAACAAUCAACAGGACAGCAGAUCCCAUGACCAAGUCACCUGGAACUACAAGCAUAAAAGCUCUACUAAGAUGAACAAACCAGUCAACAAACAGGAUGAUCCCUGGAUGAAACCCUUCAUCAGCCAGUUCAGCACCAUGAACUUCUCUAGGGACUCCCCUGAUGACUCCAUUAAGACUGGAGCAGGGAUGGUGCAGGACAAGCGUAUGGACAUGGGCAGUAUUGGGGACUUCAAUGGAGUUAUGGGGAAGAAUUCUGGGUCUCGGCACCACCUCCACAAGGAGUCCACCAUGGAUCGCAGUUCUUACUAUGACAAGCUUUCACCCUCUGCUUACGAUAUCCCAGCUUCUGAUGAACUCUCCUCCAAUCAAAGCAUGAGCCUUUCCCCUUCCAAUUCUGCUCAGCCUGUCUCUUGUCUCAAUUCUGGGCCGUCUGCUUCCCACUCUAGUUCUGGGGCUGCUGGGCAGAAUGUAAACCCAAUGUUGGGCUGCAACACCGUAGCACAGGGCCGAGGUGGCCCCCAGUCCCAGCCCCCUCCUCAACCCAAUCUUCGUAAUCAAGUGCCUCCACCCAUCCUGUCCGCUCAGGUUCCUUCAUCCCUGUUGAAGUACCCGGGAGGUAAUGGCGGUCUGAACCCUCUGUUUGGCCCUCAGCAGAUGGCCGUUCUCAACCAGCUGACACAGCUAAACCAGAUGAACCAGAUCAACCAGAUCAACCAAUUACAGCGUCUUCUCAUUCAGCAGCAACAGCAGAAGGUUCAAAGCCAGAGACCCAUGUCUAUGGGACGUCAGACUGAACAGACACGUCCAAUUGGUUCAUCUCCAUCACUGAUGCAGCCACCACGACACAUGGACCCCUCGCUGCUGAAGCCGGCCGCGCCCCUCAAGCCGUACCUGGAUAACUACAUGUCCCACAGCACCCCUGAGAUACUGAAGGAUGCUGCCACUCUUGGAUCCUUCAGCAACUUCCCUUUAAACUUGAAUUCUAACCUGAAUGUACCCCUGGACAUGGGUGUUGGUGGUAGUGGUGGUGGAGUGAGCUAUAAAGAGCCACCCCAGUCCAGACUGAAGAAACUUUGGGCUACCGACCCUCCGGAGCAGACCAGCAAACCUGGUGCUAUGUCGUCUGGGCUGCGUCUGGAGGACUCCUCCUUCUAUGACUUAAUUUCUCCUGGCCCCUCUCCCCUGAGUCCUCCCGGCCAAUCAAUGGGCUCGGUGGGCGAUGGCUGGCCACCUCGUGCCAACUCCCCCCCGCCCCAUGGAAACACUGUCACCUGGCCCCCAGAGUUCCGGCCCGGGGAGCCUUGGAAAGGUUACCCCAACAUUGACCCUGAGACUGACCCUUAUGUGACCCCCGGCAGUGUCAUCAACAACCUCUCCAUCAACACCGUCCGCGACACAGACCACCUCAGGGACAGGAACAACGGGCCAUCCUCAUCACUGAACACCACGAUGCCUUCUAACAGUGCCUGGUCAUCCAUUCGUGCCUCCAGCCACAGCGGUUCCCUCACCAGUACAGCACAAAGCACUUCAGCCAGACCCAGUGAGUCAAAGUGGUCUCCCGGCAGCAGUGUGUCAAACUCCUCCCUAGCUCAUGAGCUUUGGAAGGUCCCCCUGCCUCCCAAGGCGCUGUCUGUGGCGGCCCCCUCCAGACCACCGCCUGGCCUCACCAGCCAGAAGCCCAGCCCUGCCUCCUCUGGCUGGGAUGGCUCUGCCCUGAGGCUGGGGGGCUGGAGCACCGCUGAGUCCAGAUACACGCCUGGUUCCAGUUGGGGUGACAGCAGCAGCUCAGGGAGAACCCAGUGGCUCGUUCUGAAAAAUCUCACACCUCAGAUUGACGGCUCUACAUUGAGGACCCUGUGCAUGCAGCACGGCCCUCUGAUCACAUUCCACCUCAACCUGCCACAUGGUAACGCUGUGGUAUGCUACAGCUCCAAGGAUGAGGCCGCUAAGGCCCAGAAGAGCCUGCACAUGUGUGUUUUGGGGAACACUACUAUUCUGGCUGAGUUUGCCAGCGAGGAGGAAAUCAGCCGUUUCUUUGCACAAGGGCAGUCAAUGGCCACUCCCUCCUCUGGCUGGCAGACCCUCGGCUCCUCUCAGAGCAGAAUGGAUCAGUCUCACCCCUUUCCAAGCCGUGCUUCUGAACCCAACCAGUGGAACAGCAGCGACCUUCACAGCUCCUCCCUCUGGGGUGGGCCCAACUAUUCCAGUAGCCUGUGGGGGACCCCCAGUGGCACCGAGGCAGGGAGGAUCAGCAGCCCUUCUCCAAUCACCUCCUUCCUCCCAGUGGAUCACCUGACAGGGGGCGGGGACUCCAUGUGAGCUGCCUGCCAGUGAAACAGGCUCGGGGAAGGGUCAGUAGAGAAUUAUCAAUAAUCAGCAGAAUAGAGACACAAAUGUAGUUCUAUAAAUGCAAUGGCACUAGUUGGACUCUUUCUCAUUUACAAGAUAUUCAACAAAACGGGGUCUCCCCUGUGGAAAACAAGUUACGUUUCUCUCUCUGCACAUAUGUCCACUUUGUUUUAGCCCAAAAACAUAUCAGUCGGAAUACUUGAAUCAUGCAGGCCAAUUCUAUAAUGUGAACGGAUGGAUAUUUGCCUCCAGGUAGUGCUCUUUCAGACCGAAAAAAAGCUUCAAUCGAGCUCAUUAUUAUUAUAUUUUUUGUUUCAUUCGUCAUGUUUAUUUGAAUUCCAAUUCUUUUUAACAUUUUAAUUUUUUGUUUUACUUUUUUUUUGCAUUUGUUUGCUGACAAUGUUGGAGUAUGAGCUUUUUUAACUUUGCACUGAAUGUGUUGUUUUUUUCUCAGUAUAAUCUGCAAUAUAGAGGGAGCAGCCAGUUUUUUCCAGUGUAGCUGUUUACUCAUUGAGGUCCUUACUGUGUGUGUUUGUGAGAAUUACUGUGUGUGCGCGCGCGUGAGCUGUGAAUGAGUACGUGUGCGCUCCUCUCUGCCUUGGCACGCCUACCUUACUGCGUUGUCGUGGAGUUCAAGAUCAACAGAUAGUUAAAGAAUUAAACCUGACUUAGGAUGAUUAUCUGGUGAUAGUUCAAGUGACAUUAAAAGUAUUGCACCAAUUUUGUUUUAAAACUAAAGAAAGUUGAGCUCUGCAGUGCAAAGGACUGUAGCCGCAGCUGGGACUAGUAAGCCCCGCCCACCCUACUAUAGGGAGGCGGGGUCGAUCUAGCAAGCCCCUCCCCCUCCCUCCCUUUCUCAUUAGCCCCCUGGCAGGCAGGUUUUAGUGGGGGGGAGGGGGGGAACAGCACUUUCAGAAUAGGCUUUCAAUGUUUUGGAGGUGCCACACUGCAACCUCUUGUUUACAAGACUUGGGAGGCAGAAAGUGUGUUCAUUCUUCAUUUUAAAGAGAAGAUGGAAUAAAAUUUUUAAAAAUGCACAAAAAAAAUUUAAAAACGCUUUAAAAAAAAAAAAGAUAAAAAUUUUUAAAAACAGAAAAAGUUUAAAAAAAAACAACAACUCUUACUGAGGAUGAAGACGAUGCUUUGUAACUCUGGGAAUUCGGAUCAGUGUUUUUUGGCCAUGGCGUUGGUUAUUUUGAACUAUUCCUCUUUUUGUCUGCUAAAUAACCAGCAAUGGUUCUCAGGAAAUCAAGCCAGUUUUCCCCCCCUUGUAGUUUGAAUUAAAGAAAAAAACUACUACUCCUUGUAGGAAAGGAAAAUACAACUUCUAGCACUGAAAACUAUGUAAAGGUCUGUAAGUUUGUUUUGUUUUUGUUCUCUCUAUCUCUCUCUCUCACUCUCUCUCUGCCAAAUAACUGCUUUAAGCUGGAGAAGCUCAACACACUGCUUUCAAUAUGCUGUCUUUUGAGGGAGGGAGGUGGGGUGUGUGGGGAGGGGGAGGUCGAGGACACUCCCGGCAUUCCCUCUCCUCCUACUCUUCCUCCUCCUCCACUCCACUGAUGUUUAAAAAAAUCAAGAGUGGGGAUCGUUUAAUGCGUGAGCGCGUGACUGUGAGCGGGGAAAUCGUCGUGUCUCGUCAGACUUAUAAACCAAGAGAAAGGCGACUCUGUAUCUAUGCAUACUGUAGCCUCUCGCAUUCACAUGGCCUACUGAGAGGCGUUUAGUUUUUAUUUUUUUCUCCCUCUUCUACCAUGUGUCACAAUGUUUUAGCUGUUUAACAAACAUUACUUGCUUUUCUUUUUUUAAAUUUCUCUCAUUGCCACAAAUGGUGUUUUGAAAAAAAAAAAAAUAGAACGAAGAGAAAAACAAAAACAAAAAUCAAAAAAAAACAAAACUCUCGUUUUGGUUGAAGAAAAUAUUUUAACAGUAAAAAAAGUCGUCCACAUUUCAUUGCCUUGAUCCUAAUUGUGUCCGAAGAUGCAACAACAAGUCAAGUGGCUUCUACCUGUUUACAAAAUGAAUAUGAUUGUAUUGUACUGUUUUAUUUUCUUUCCUUUGGGGCAAAGGGGGGGAGGGUGGGGUACUCAUCUGAAGUUCCUGACGUACGUGUGUGUGUGUGAAUGUGAAAUGUGGAGGUUUUGCAUGAGAACAGCGUGAAUGUAAAAUCCACCAGUGGCGUUUUUCUUCACAACAAGAGAAUAACAGAUUUAUCUACCAGUGAUUGUUUAGUUACUUUGAUGCACAAUUUGUUUGUUAGGGUCGGUGGUGGGGGGGGGGGGAAGUGUCAGAGGGGUGCAUGAACGAGGAGUCAGCAUUAGCGAAGCCAUGGACCUUAAUUAUCCUUUCUUCAUCGUGUUUGUGCGUGUCCCGUCCCCCCCCCCCAGUCCUCCUCUCUCAUGUAGGUUCUUAUUUCAGAAGUACUAGAAGCUUUAGUUUUUUAUUUUUUAAGCUUAGCCCGUGAAUAUUUAACAACUUCAAAGUAAACGCAGUGAGACAGAACCUUGAGUAUUAGCCAGACUUGACAGUGGUGUGUGCCAGUAUUGAACCGCUCUCUACCAAAUAAUUCAAUCAUACAAAAAAAUUAGUUUACUUAAUUCCAGAUCUCUUUGCUUAUAAAUAUAUAUAUAUAUAUAUAUAUAAAUACAUACUUACAUUUAUCUCUUAUUUGUAUUUGUUGUUGUUGUGUUGAACAGUUGUUAUCAAGUGGAACAUCUGAGCUUUUUUUUGUUGUUGUUGUUGUUGUUAGUUUUAGUCUGACACGUUGAACUGAGGAGCCUUGGAUUUUGCACUUGGGUGGAUUUUAGAGGAAAAAGGCCGAGCGAGCAGAAAGCAAAACUGAGACAGAUGUUUAGAUUUCCAGGUCUGUCUGAUGGAGAAGGUGCGCCUGUGAGUAUUCGACAGGGUAGAGUGUGUGUGUGUGUGUGCGCGUGCGUGUGUGUACUGUGAUUCGAGAAGAUGGUGCUUUGUUGGUCUCCCUUGGUUGGUGCACCUCCGGCUCUGAGCUGGGCCUGAAUGUAGCUGAAACGGUUUGUAAAAGUAUAAAAGACAGCGCAGCCUCAAACGUGCAUGAGGGGCAACAAAAAACAAAUUUUUUUUGUAAUUUUUUUCUUUUGAGAAAUUGAGCAGCAGUCACUGCUGCCGUGGUGUCGUUUGACUGAAACGAGGCGAGGAGGGGACGCGACUCGCGAUUGGCUGCUUCUUCCUGGCUUUUCAGGGACAAAGGGUUGCACUUUUGCCUCCUCGCCGGCUUAUCCAGGAUCAGCUCCUCCUCUCCAACUCCUAAGCUUAACUACAGGGAGAGGAGACUCAUAACUGACAGGUCUGAGGCGGGGGGGAGGGGAGGGUGGGCUCUAAACUGUCUAUAUUCCCUUACUGCUCAAUGACAUUACUUUACACUUUGUUCAUUCUGAUUUUUGGCAGCGCUGUCGUUCCUGGCGCUGAUUUGAGAGCAGCUUUGUCCAUCCUCAGUAUCCUUUUUUCUUUUAACUAUUACCGGGACAAAGGCUGACCCCAGAUCAGCGGCUCAGGCGGCAGCAUUGCUGUGCUGUUAGAGAAGGGACAAGCAACGUCUGGAAAACGCCUCUCAAUAAUGUUGUUACUGUUUUGGUUCCAUAAUCGUGUUUGUAUCUACUGUCAGCCUGCGUGAGAGUGUGUUUGUGUGUGAGUGAGUGAAUACAUCAUCAUGCCAAAUCGAGGAGGGAGGGAAGGAAAGGGAUAAAUCCUUUUUUGUUGUUGUUUGGUUGUAGUUGUGUACGUGUGCAUACGUGUACUUAAAAAGCUGGACAAUAUUAAAUGCUUGAAGAUUAAAAAAAAAAAAGUUAAAAAAAGUCAUUUGCAAAAGGAUGAUGUGAGGAAAACCUUUUUAGUAAAGUGAAAACCACCACGAGCAAUGUACAAUCCCCAGGGCUGCCAAGCAGCUUCCCGACAGGGCCAGACGAGGGGAAGGAAAGGAAAAGGAAGUAGCGGGCAGGAGGGAAGCUGGCUGGUGAUACUCUACUACUUUUUAAUGUUUAAGAAAAAAAUAAUGUGACUUUUUUGUUUCUCUUGACUUAAAUAUCCUGUGAGUAAAUGCUAUAUUAUAUCAUAACACACCUGACGGCUCCUACAGUCGAUCAAAAAGCGCUAAGGCUUAUUUUUUUGACAGGAAAAACAGAAAAAAAACAAACAAAAAAAACAAACAAAAAAGAAAAAAUACAAAAACUGUGAGAAUCUGCUGUCUUUGUUUUGUUUUUUGUCGUUUUACAUUUAGUAUGAACACACAAACAAACCCUGAAAAGCUUUAGUCUAACCAGCACAAAGAUGUGGGCGGGUGGGGAGGGAAGGGUGGGUUUAUCAGGGGAAAGGGUGGGUGUCGCUCAGAGAGACUAUGCAGUGGAGUGUUUGAACCCAGGCUUCCAUGUCCACCUUGGGUUUUUCUUCUUCUUUUUUUUCCUGUCUUUAAAUAAAACAAAAACAAAAAAAAAAUUCCCAAAAAAUGAGUAAACACCGCUGAAAUGGGAUUCCCACUAAUAUUCCUCAAACGUGUCGUGCCAUCGUUAAAUUGUACAGCUAGUACAGCUACUAAUAAUAAUAAUAAUACAAACUGAAAAACCUUUAUUACCUAGCAAAUGGCGGGCCAGUUGUAGCAGGAGGAGGAGGACAGGUUAAGAUUUGCAAAAGUCCAUUUUGUCGAUUUUUCUCGCAGCUCGAGCGAGGCCGGUGAGACUGCAAAUUUUACACGACUACAGUGCUUUUUUUCUUUUUAUAGAGAUUCUAUCAAUCCAGUGUGUAGUUGGAUCACCUGUAAACCUAUUAUGCACAUCGCUUUGGGAGACUGUUGAAACUAUAUAUAAAAUAUAUAUAUGAGAAUAUAAUCGUACAGUGUCUAUAAUCAACGAGGGGGGCGUCUUCCUCUCUUGCAAACAAAAACAGGAAGUACCUUUUUAUUUUCAAAUGUCUUCCUCGGGUCAUCAAAGGAUUUUAUCUUUAAACUUCGGUGGAAUCUGCACUUUUUGAAGGACAAUCUUUAUUUGUAUGGGUAUAAAAUUGACAAAAUAAACGAAGUCGCCUGAUAUUAAUGGUAUAAAAAACCAACUCCAGUGUGCUCUAAUAAUGAAUGUCUCCUCUGAUGCUGUCUACUUGUUUGGUUUCAUUUUAAUCCUUUUAAUCUCCUUCCUUUUGUUGCUUGGUUUGUUCUGUAUUUUUUUUUUUUUUCCUCUUUAUUUUCUUUCUUCUGGAUUUUACUGCUCUUAAGAGAAUCUGUACUAAGGUGUAGAGUAGUGAGUAGUAGGUCUUCUGUUGGCUGUACUCGUAUACUGAAUUACUGUUUGUAACCCGCUGGCUUCUGCAGCCAGCAUACAAAGCUGUAUAACUUGGGUACAACCCUCAAUAAAAGACUAACACACAG